GAUUUUUCGACCGUAAAAUAAAAAUAUUUGUGAGGCAAUUUGAGUUCAUUUCGUAUGGUUUGUCUUAAAUUUUGUUACUGUAAUUUCUAAAAAAAAUAUUUUUAUUGAAAGUUUAUCGUCAUGGAGGACGUUCUUGACGAAGUAGUGUCGUCUGAAGAUUUGCAAAAGUUCGAGAAAAUAUUCCAUGAACAACUCCAUCAAGGGAAAGUGACGCACAAAGCACAAUUUGAAUACGCAUGGUGUCUGGUUCGUAGCAAAUACCCUACAGACAUACGAAAGGGUAUCCUUCUACUCAAAGAAUUGUUUAAUUCACAUACAGAUGGCAAACGAGAUUACCUGUUCUAUCUUGCCAUUGGAAAUGCUAGAAUCAAGGAGUAUAACAAAGCCCUGCAUUAUGUGAAAUCAUUUUUAGAAAUUGAACCUGCUAACCAGCAAGUACUGGCAUUGGAGCGACAAAUUAAUAAGCGUAUGGAAAAGGAGGGUCUGAUGGGUAUAGCAGUAGCGGGCGGAGCUGUGCUCGCUCUCGGCGGACUCGUUGGACUAGGCAUAGCACUCGCCUCCUCCAAAAAAUAGCAUUUGGCUUUUCUACUAGUGAACGCCAUCAUAGGCGUUCGGUCCCUCUACACUAAGAAGAAAGACACUAAACAGGAGUAGGGGAGUUCCUUUCGGAUAUUGCCACUCAGUGAGACACUUUUUUAAACAGCUUUCAAAGUGUUGUUAGUUUAUUUAGACAUCCUUUUGUACAAAUGUAUCUUGGUAUAAAAUGCCUCAUUGAUGCUCUACACCAAAUAAAUAUAUUUUUAUCGACUAAAUGUAGUCCACUGAUAUUUAAAAUCAUCCAUGCUCUAGUGGUUUAUGUGAUAAAUGUUAUGUAUUUUUUUCUUAUUAGCUUUAGGCACUAUUUUGUAUUUUUAAGCGCGUCGUCGAUAUUCAAUUACUAUGUAUAAAAUAAAAAAAAUGUCAAAAUAAUUCCAUUUAAUAAAAUAUGUUUUUUGUUU